GGUGUCGAGGAAAGGGCAGGAACCGGAAGCGCCGGAGAUUACGACUCCCAGCGUGCACCGGGGUGCGGGCCCGAUCAGCUGAGGGAGCCGGCCGCUGGAGUGUCCCCCGUCUCCGUUCCUGAGCGCGCAGAGGCGGCCAUGCUGCGCCCCAAGGCCUUGACGCAGGUGCUGAGCCAGGCCAACACGGGAGGCGUCCAGAGCACCCUGCUUCUGAACAAUGAGGGUUCUCUUCUCGCUUAUUCCGGCUACGGAGACACGGAUGCCAGAGUCACAGCUGCCAUAGCCAGCAAUAUCUGGGUGGCCUAUGACAAGAAUGGACACCAAGCAUUCAACGAAGACAAUCUGAAGUUCAUCCUGAUGGACUGCAUGGAGGGCCGUGUGGCAAUUACCAGAGUUGCUAACCUGCUGUUGUGCAUGUAUGCGAAGGAGACGGUGGGCUUUGGCAUGUUGAAAGCAAAGGCCCAAGCCUUGGUGCAGUACCUUGAAGAACCCCUGACCCAGGUGGCUGCCUCCUGACGGGGCCUGGCCGGCCGUUGAGUCUGGGAGUCCUGCCUCCCAGCAGACCACGAAGGGUGCUGAGCACCGUGUGCUUCUUUUCAGACACUGGAGGGAUGCGGGGAAGAGAAUAAAGGACGUCCUUAGCAGCUU